UUUUGCUCCUUCCAUUUAUAUCCUCUCGCUCCAUGGAUUCCUUUCCUCUUUCUCUCUCCCUCCACAAACCUCUCUUCAUGCGUUAUCUUCUCUCAAAGAUCUGAUUCUUCCUCAAAAACUUCCUCCACAAAAAUUCCUCUUUCUCCAUCCCAAAAUCGUCCUCCAAUGGCCAUAAUUCUCCGUUCAGAUCCGCUCUCUCGGAUCCAUCCCGAGCCUCAAACCCUAGAAAUCGACCACUUCGACCACCUCCCCGAUUCCAUCCUCCUCCUCGUCUUCAACAAAAUCGGCGAUGUCAAAGCCCUUGGUCGAUGCUGCGUCGUCUCCAAGAGGUUCCAUUCCCUCGUUCCCCAGGUCGAGAAUGUCGUCGUCCGCGUCGAUUGCGUCAUCUCCGACGACGAUUCCUCCUCUCUCUCUCCCGAUAAGCCUCGAUCCGCCGUCUCCGGUCCGUUCUCGGCGAUUUUCCGUCUCGUUUUCGGCGGCAUUUUCAAGCCGUUACAAGCCCUUGGUCAGUUACUCGGCUCCAAGCGUUCAUCUUCUGCUUCUUCUUCCGCGUCUUCUUCUUCUUCUUCGUCGUCUUCUUCUUUGCUUAUCAGUGGAGGAGAAGACGGAGAGAUCGAACAUGGCGGCGUCACUCACCAUUCCCCUACGCAGGUUCUCAAAAACUUCGACGAGAUUCGGUUCCUCCGCAUCGAGCUUCCCAGCGGCGAAUUGGGGAUAGACGACGGAGUUUUGUUGAAGUGGAGAGCUGAAUUCGGCUCCACACUCGAGAAUUGCGUCAUUCUCGGAGCUUCCUCUGCGAUCCACGCCGCGAAUUCGAACUCUCAACCUCCCGUUGACCUUACCAGCAACAACACCACCGUAACGGCGACGGCGGCGGCGGAAGACAACGGGAGUAUACCGGAAUCGUUCUACACAAACGGAGGGCUUAAGCUUCGUGUUGUAUGGACGAUUAGCUCUUUGAUCGCUGCGUCCGCGAGACACUACUUGCUGCAGCCAAUCAUCUCCGAGCACAAGACGCUCGACAGUUUGGUGCUUACGGAUACAGAUGGGCAAGGAGUGCUUUGUAUGAACAGAGAUCAAUUAGAGGAGCUGAGGGUGAAACCAUUGUCAGCUUCUUCGGCUUCUAAGAGGACACUUGUGCCGGCUCUGAACAUGAGACUAUGGUACGCUCCUACCUUGGAAUUGCCAGACGGGACAGUGUUGAAAGGAGCGACCUUGGUGGCGAUAAGACCCAGCGAGUCGAAGAAAGAGGUGUGUGAUGUUUCGUGGGUGUCUUCUGCGUUCGAUGAGCCUUAUGGGAUAGCUGCAAAGAUGCUGGUCAAGAGAAGGACUUACUGUCUUGAAAUGAAUUCCUUCUAAGCUGCAAAGAUUUCGGACUUUUGAUCUUGAGGUGAAUCCCAAAAGGCUAAACCAGGUUUUGAAAAGAGAGAAUAGAAUGCAUAAAGAUCAGUUUUGUCAAUUCCCAGCUUAUAGAGACUUAUGACUCGAUGCUCUCUGUUGUUGGUCAAGAUCUAUGAUCUCCUCAGCUUCGAAUCCAGCUGCUUGGUCACCAGAAAGAAACCGCAUUCGCUGGCUGUUUUAUUUUUUUAAUUUUCAGCUCGCAUAGCAAAUCGUUUAAGAGCAAGUUUCUAUCUUAUAAAAAUCUUCCUCGCUGCCCUUUUCUUUCAUUAGCAUGUGAAUAUUAUUUGUAGGUACAGUUGCUUCUCCUUCUCUUUAUAUAUACUUCUCCCAAGUUGUUUAAAUAAAUAAAAUAAAAUUGAGCAA